AUGGCCUACGCCUCAAACGUCGACUCUGCUACUUACCCAGACUCAUCAUACCCGUGGACCCUUUUCAUACCCGCAACUGGCACGGUCAAGUGCGAUAUCCAGGAAAUGGGCUCGGAAACUGUUCACAAGCCAUUUCGGUUCCUUCAUCUCCCGGCCGAGCUUCGAGACAUGGUAUACGACCACGUACUUUUCGCACCGUCUUUCCCGACCAAUACCAUCGAUAACCGGCUGCGGAAUAUCAAUGUCGACGCCCAAAUCCACACCAACAUUCUCUUCGCCAAUCGCCAGGUUUUCGAGGAAGCCAAAGAGACAAUUCUUCGGGCGGGGCUUGUUUUCGUUGUUUCCCGCGGCUUUUCUCCCGAGUUCCCGCGCGACACUGCCGUUCUAGUCGACCAAAUACCAGUCUUCCAUCGAAAAUAUGAAAGCCUAUGCUUCGUGACGCAUAGAGUGCCAGCCUCUCCUCAAGCCCAGCGCAAAUGCCAAAAGUCAUCCACAGUCACAGACGAUUACUGGAAAUAUACCAAAGCGGACUUCAUGGCUGUAAGCGUCUCUGGAUUUGGGCUUGCCGAGAUGUGGAUUUUGAUCGGCAUUUCAUAA